GGCCAGAAUGUUUCCCAUAUGGAGCAUUAAUUACGUGAUAAUUAAAUAUGAAAAAGCCACAUUACAUUUCACUUCUGAGUCUUGAUUAAAACACUAUAUAUUGCAUUUGCAUGUCUUUUGUUCUUCCAUACCACUGAUAAACUCUUCAUUAGUAUCAGACCAGAAGUCUUUAUGUGAUCUUUAAAACGCUAAGAGCACUACCUUCAGAAACCAAAGGAUUUGAAAGCAUAAAGAAUUGUUAGAUGCACAAGUAAUAAAAAAAAAAUAAAGGCGAAACAUUUAUAAGCCAAGAGAAUGCCAUUCCUCACAUUGAACCUCUUUCUUAAUAUCCCUUUCAAGAUAGGAAGUCACCAUAGAGAUAGGCAAUGAGUGCCAUUGCUUUGUGUAAGGCUGACAAAAGAUAUCAUACUUAUUGUACUUGUUCUUAAUUUCAUACUUACAAAUAUUUAAGGACACUUUCUAUAAUUAUCACUGCAGGAGAAUUCAGCUUGAAAACUGGAAAAAUUUGAAGCCUGAAAUAUACCUAGUCUGAAGUCUGUCAGUAAAUGACAACUCAAGGAAAGACAUAGUGAAACAGAUGAACAACUGAAAGCCAGCAGACAUUGGUAGAUUGCAGCCAUUCAUUCAGCAGGUUUCGGCCACAAAUCAAAGUCUACAGGGAGCAUGACUUCGGCAACUUCACCUAUCAUUUUAAAAUGGGACCCCAAAAGUUUGGAAAUUCGGACACUAACAGUGGAAAGGUUGUUGGAGCCACUUGUCACUCAGGUGACGACACUUGUCAACACAAGCAACAAAGGUCCAUCUGGUAAGAAGAAAGGGAGGUCAAAGAAAGCCCAUGUGCUGGCUGCAUCUGUAGAACAAGCCACUCAGAACUUUCUGGAAAAGGGCGAGCAGAUCGCUAAGGAGAGUCAAGAUCUCAAAGAAGAGUUGGUGGCUGCUGUAGAGGAUGUUCGCAAACAAGGUGAGACCAUGCGGAUCGCCUCCUCCGAAUUUGCUGAUGACCCGUGCUCCUCGGUGAAGCGUGGCACCAUGGUGCGGGCGGCAAGGGCUUUGCUCUCAGCUGUGACACGCUUACUCAUCCUGGCGGACAUGGCAGAUGUCAUGAGGCUUUUGUCUCAUCUGAAAAUUGUGGAGGAGGCCCUGGAGGCUGUCAAAAAUGCUACCAACGAGCAAGACCUUGCAAACCGCUUUAAAGAGUUUGGAAAAGAGAUGGUGAAACUUAACUAUGUAGCAGCAAGAAGACAACAGGAGCUGAAGGACCCUCACUGUAGGGACGAGAUGGCAGCCGCCCGAGGAGCUCUGAAGAAGAACGCCACGAUGCUGUACACGGCCUCCCAGGCCUUUCUCCGCCAUCCGGAUGUUGCCGCCACAAGAGCCAACCGAGAUUACGUGUUCAAACAAGUGCAGGAGGCCAUCGCCGGCAUCUCCAAUGCUGCUCAAGCUACCUCGCCCACUGACGAAGCCAAAGGCCACACGGGCAUCGGCGAGCUGGCUGCGGCUCUGAAUGAGUUUGAUAAUAAGAUCAUCCUGGACCCCAUGACGUUCAGCGAGGCGCGGUUCCGGCCGUCCCUGGAGGAGCGGCUGGAGAGCAUCAUCAGCGGCGCGGCGCUCAUGGCAGACUCGUCCUGCACGCGCGACGACCGGCGCGAGAGGAUCGUGGCCGAGUGCAACGCCGUGCGGCAGGCGCUGCAGGACCUGCUCAGCGAGUACAUGAAUAAUAUUCUUUGAUUUUGGAAGACUUGCCCAUUUUCAGCACACAAACAAUAAAGUGGACGCGCCACGUGGUACCCAGCUGCUUAUGAGGACUUCUCUAUAGGAUGCUAGAUGGCUAACCUUUUCUGUGAUUUGGGUCUGUGGGUAUUAUGUAGGGUGCAGCUAGAAAUGCUGAUCACUAGGCUCUCCCACCUUACUGAAUCUUUCGAAUAGCAGAAUUGUCAAAAAAGAAUGUGUAUAAAAUCUGGGAUUCUGUUUAUUUGUAGUUGUUUUUAACAAAAUAGCAAAGGGCUAAUUACUUAUAUGUGGAAUUUGGUUUUGCAUUAAGGAAUGCUGGUAUUUCUAUCAAGGAUUAAGUAUUGGCAAAGAAAGAAGUAGAAACUACAGAGAUAGCAGUGCUGGUUAAGAUCUCAAUAUAAAUAAAUCAGACCAAAAAAGUAUGUGCCUGUGGAUAGAAAUCACUGAAUGUGAUUAAAGGAGAUUUGAUCGAGAUGUGACAUGUAAUUUUCAGUUUGAUGUUUAGAAUCCUGCCAAGUAGAAGUUUUUUCUUUUAGUGUAAACUCCUACAGAUCAGCAGAGCUGAUGGAUUUUUAUAUUUUAUCGACUCCAGGCGAUUGUUUUUCUGAUCACAGCCUUGUGAUGCAGGAAUGUUUUGUACUUUUAUUGAAAUCUUAGUUUCUAUUUUGACAUAGUUACAGACAAUAUAUAUAUGAGUAUAGUGCUUAAAUUCAGUGUGAACAAAUUCUUUCCACAUUGAACCAUCAGGAUCAAAGCCUGAUAUAAAACAAAUCCUAUUUGAUUUUUAUAUAAAUUUUUAUAUAAACUAUAUAAAAUAUAGUUGAACUUCACACUUCUUUGGUGAUUUCAGUGUAGAACCACUUCCAUAAUCCCUGUCCUUUGUGCUCAUUUCUACUGCCACAAACUCAAUUUAUAUUUAUUUUUAUAUAGCAUAUAUUAAUAUUAAUACAAAAAGACAUACACAUCUAUGCCUUUACAGAAAAUUAUGUUGUAGUUAACAGCAACCCACUAAAUUAGUCAGUCAUUCCUGAGAUGUUAUAAGAUACUUCUUUUUCAAUUUUCAAGCUCUGGGAAUAAAGGUGUUAUCAAAUUAUCACCCCGCACAUUUUGCUAGGCAAUACCACUAGGAUAAAAAAGUCAUGAAACUGAAAAGGAAAGAUUUAAAAAUUGGCAUAACUGACAUUUCUGGAUUCUAAAAUUCUUCUGAUCAGUCUCUGAUGAGCAUUCAACUUUUAAUGCUCACUUGUAGCCACAGCUAUUCUAAAACCAUGUACACGCCAAGUGGUAUGGAAGGGAGGAAGAGGAGGUUAUGGAGAGAAGCUUUAUAAUAUACUGAAUGAUUAGGAAAAGGUAGUCUUCAUGGGGCAUGGGCCAUACUUUAGCCAUGUGGGUCACACUGAGCUCAGUAAGAUAUCAGUCACAUUUUAGAUAUUUCCAUAAAAGUGUAUCCAAAUUAAUAGAUGUAUGUGUGAAAGAUGUAACAAAAAUGUGCAGUUAAGAGAAACCAGUGUGAAAAAAUGGCUGGGUCUGGGGAAACAGAUGCAUGUGGUGAAAAUUAUGAUCGCAGAGCGUAGCAGUGGCAGAAAAGAUGGUUGGAAUUGUUUUAGAAAAGCCUUGGCUGGCCUUAAGUUGUUUUAUCAAGUUUAAGAUAUAACCCAAAGCAAAAAGAUUCUUAAAAAUAAUCCUCCUUUAAAUAGAAUAUCAUUAUUAUAUACAUAUGGAGACUAAUGGGUAGUGAGAGACUCUUAUUCAAAAGAAUGUGUGGUGUAUAAAUGUUAAUUUGGAAUAGUGCCAUCAAGUGUGGAUGUUGGAGUAUUAUGCUGAGUACCAUAAAUAGUUCCAAAUUAUAAUGAACAUAUAAACUUCGCUCUGAAACUUAUAAUUUUAUAUGGCCUUCUUUUUGUGCCAGUAAGAUUAUUUUUUUCCAUCAAAAGAAAAAUCUUAAAAAUGACCCUAUGAUAGUAUAUAACUAAAUAUAGUCUUUUAUUGUAAGAAUUUUGUGAUGGAUUCAAAUUUAGAAUAUUUUAUUAAUUCAGCAAAUGUGUAUUACCUGCCUGGCUGCUUUGUGCCAGGCAUUGGUCCAGGCUUCUGGGGAUACAGAAGUGAGCAAAACAGACAAAAUUCUUUGCUCUCAUGGAGCUUAUACUCCGGUGAUGAGAGAGAGAUUAAUAAUAAAGACAUAAGUGAUUUGAGCAACAGUUAUUUCAGGUGGUGAUCAGUGCAAAGAGGAAAUAUAAAACCUGAGAGGCAGGGAACAUGGGGUAUUGCUGUAAUUAAGGAUGGCCUGGGAAGGGUGUGCUGAGAUGACUUUAGAUGAAAGAACUUUUGGAGAUGAAGGAGCAAAGAGCCUUAGAAGUGGAAAGACCCUCAAGGUCAAGAGCCACGCUGUGAGCAGGUACCUGGUGUGUUUGAGGAACCACAGGGAGCCGGAGUGGCUGUUCUGAGUGAGUAGCCAGGCAGGAGGAGAUGGGGUCUGCAUGGUACCAUUAUACAGAAUCUGACUUUCAUUCUAAUGGAAUGGGAGACCGCUAGAGAAUGUUAGACAGAAAAUGCCAGGCCUCAGGUAUUAAGAACAGGAUGUAAAGGUUAAAAAAAAAAAAAAAAAAAGGUGAAAGCAGGACAAAUGUAGAGGCUCUUGGCCCCAGAUUAAUUCCUGGGAGGAUAGUCUCUUGGAUCAGGCGAUAGCAGGAUAAGUGGAGUAAAGUAUCCAAAUUCUGACUCUGUUUUAAACAAAAUUUGCUUAUAAAGUGACUAAUGAGAAGAAUGUGUUUACUUCAGGAACAUGAAAUAGACAUUUACAUUUUGAAUGACAGUUGUAGGCAUAUCAGCUGCAACUAAUAAGACAUCUUCAUUUGGUUUGGGUUGCACAGAAAAUUCUGAUUUACUCAGAUGUAACAAUUUGUAAAUAGCUUACUUGGCAAUGACUGGAUACUCUGCUACACAGAUUGCAUUUGAAAGGGGAGUUAAAUAGAAAAAUUUUGUUUCAAAGUCGUAUCACCAAAAAUGUCCAAGUAUGGUUCACAUUCUUACAAGUAUAAAACAAUAAAAAUAUAAUACUUAUCCUAAGUAUUAAACUGUAAUGCAGAAUGAUAAGGAGAAAAAUUAAUAUUUAUUGUAGGUACUAAAACUGUAAGUACAGAACAAUAAGGACACUCAUGGAACUGUUACUCUUUGUGUACAAUUCACUGUUAGGCCUUGAUGAGAAUAUGCAAUGAACAGAAGUGCCUGUACUUUUUUGUGACUUGUGCUGCUAUACAACCUGGUUCAAUUUUCUAUGCAUAGACUCUCUGUGUAGCUCUAAAUUUUUUUAAAGACUAAUGCAGAACUACAUUUUUUUAAAAAACAAUCAUACAAUUAAAGUUUAAGUGUUUACUCAAUCCUGGUGGUGAAAAGUAAUGACUUACUGGUCUCUAUGUUAAGAAAAUGUGGUGGGUUAUUUUUUAACUGUAUUUUUAAAAAUUUUUCAAAAAUAUAUUUAAAAAAUAUAUUUGGGUCUAACCUUUUGCACACCCCUUGAAGCAUCUCAGUGGAUCCCUGGCGUUAAUACUUUAUAACCUUGAAUGUUAUGCAGGUGUUAAAAGCACAUGAAGACAUACUGAUUUGGGAACACAUACACAUAAGUAUCUGAAAUGUUAUUGUCGUAGCCUUUGUUCUAGAGUAGAAUUUGACAUAAGAAGUGUUCCCGGAGGAGCCCACUUGUGAGGACCUGAGAACAGAAACAGAGUCUAAAUGAUAGGAGAUAAUCUAAAAAAGGUUAUUUCCACCCCGAUUCUGAGGCUUGUACCACUGCAAGGCUCUGGCAUACUGUUCCACAACCGUGUAUGAGGAAUACAGGAAGUGAUAGGGCCACCAGAUCCCUGAAAAUAGUGACUUUUACAUUGUUUUUUACUUUUUAUAGUGUGAAGGAAAUACAUUUUCAUUGUAAAUGAUAAAUAUCAAAGAAAGAAGUAAAAAUAAUUUAUAAUCUCAUCCCUUAAAAAUAAUCAUUGGUAAUAAUUUGGUAUAUAUCAUCUUUGCAAUGUUUUUGAGCAUAUAGGAGUGGUAUAUUUAUAUACAGAUACACAUAUGUUAAUGCCCUGACUUUUGGACAAAAAUGAACUCAUAUUGUAAAUGAUUUUGUACCCUAUUUUCUUUACUCAAUAUAUUGUGAAUAUGUUGCCUUAUCAAUAAACAUUAUCCAACUUCAUGUUUACUGGCUGCAUAGCAUUUUAUUAUAUGAAUAUGUGGUAAUGAUUUUAGAAGCAAUCCAUUUUGAGUAUAUUGUGAGAGAAGAGUAUUGGAAAAGAUAAGUAGAGACGACUUUUUGUGUUGGCAGUGUAAGUAUAGAGUUCUGAUUUAGACCGGAAGCAUGACUGAGGAACAAAAUGAGAAAAGAGUGAGGACACAGAUUUGAUUUUCACUUUUGAGAAUUCUCUAAGUUGGCUAUAUGUAGUACUGUUAAGAGAGACCAAGAAGAACUAGUGGGCAAGUUCAAUACUUGGCUUUGAUCUAGAAUUCCAGAGAAGGAUUGAAAGUUGCUGCAGGGAAUGUCAUCAGAAAGAUAACUUAUCAUAGGAAUUAUUAUUCUGACACAUUGCUCCCGGAUGGGAAAGAGGAGAAACAACCUAGUAGUUUUUGUCACUUAAGAAGAAGGUUUUGCUGAUUAAACAUAAAAUUUGUUUCCAGUAUUAUCUAUGUCUUACCUUGUCUCUCUUUCCUGUUAUUAUUAUAUAAAUGCGGUGGUGAAAUUCACAAAAGUCAGCUUGACUAAGUAUAACUUCCUCUACCAAAAGGUUUGGCUUAAAACAGAAUAGAAAGUAAUGUUUAAAAAUAUUUGUGGGCCAUCUGUGACCUAGUUGCCCAUAGCUCUCCAUAAUGGCUGUCCAUUCUAAUGAGCAAUUAAAAGUUACCUUAAUGAGAUUGGUGGCUUCAUUCAAGGGAAAGAUUCCCAAUAUCCCAAAUUUGGUGCCUGUGGUGAGAAGGUUUUCCUUGCCUUUUCCUUAUUUGUAUCUUUUCCUCUCCUCUUUUCUGUUCCCUGUCUUUAAAUAUAUUCAGUGCCCUCAUCUCUGCUAAUUUUGAGCUUCAAAUUCAUCUGUACAAUUAUGCUUCCCAUAUAAAACUUUUGCUUCCAUGUGAAGAGGCUGUUUUUAAAUUCUUCUUUAGUUGAUAUUCCUUGCUCAGACAUGGAAAGAGCACGACUAGGUUACCAACUUCUUCCCUGAGGUGAAAAAUUGUCCUUUGAAUCUUCUCUUCCAAAGAUAAUAUGCAUAGUUGGAGUGGGAGUCUUUUGGAUAGUGCUUUAGACUUCUGCCCUUGCAUCGUGGCAUUUUCAAUCACGUUUGCUUGCAUUUGCAGGUAGAUUUCACUGUAACUCCCAGAGAUACUCUGGGACUAGUACAGGGUGACAAUCUUUUAAGUUUUUUCUUGCUUUCCUUCUUCUUAUACUAUUAUUAUCAUAUUCAUUUUCUAAUGGUGCUCAACUGUGUUUGCUGUACCGGAAUCUUAGAAAGCCAAGGGAUAUUGUGGAGACAUCUUGGGUGCCACCAACUCAGGCACAGGUGGCAGGAGAAUGUCCAGUCAUGCUGGCAGGAAAUCUUCUCUGGGGACAAUAAUGAGGAUGAGAGUGUGAGAGACAUUAUAUCAGGUUCAAGAGUCCCAUAGAGCAAGUGUGAGGAGGGCCCAAUAAAACUGCUGGGCAUGAGGAGAUCCAGAACUGGGUGAUCUGGACACAGUACCUGCUACAGCUAUGGAGCAUGGGUGUAGGUAACACCCAGGCCCCGUGGAAACGUAGAAGAUCUGCUUGAGUCUUAAAGGACCCAAGGUGUAGGCUGGUUAUCCAAGGGGGGAGACUUAGGCCCUCUGAAAACUGUGGCAUGCCAUACCUGUUUGGUAUUGUUUAUUAUCAGCUUGUGACAUACAAUUAAAUGGUUUACUCACAGAAUGCCAGGACAGUUAGAUUUGUUUCCUUUGCAUCAAGGAAUUAGAUUUGUUUUUUGCAUCAAGGAAUUGCAUUGUUUUUUGCAUCAAGGUAUUCCUUUGCAUCAAGGAAUUAGAUUUGUCUAAUUAGAUUUGUUUCCUUUGCAUCAAGUCAGCUCUCAAUGAAAUCUCAUACACCACCUCCUUGGCAAGAAGAAGGGCCUUUCCUUUGUGACCACCCCCCACCCCAACUCUCCACUGUGGAUAUUUUGGCAGUGGUUACAAGCCUGUGCUUUGUUGCCAUUUAUACCUAGGUUCAAAUUCCAGUUUUAUUAUUUGGAAGUGACCUGACCUUAGACAAGUUAGAGAGACUCCCUGAGCCUCAACUUUCUCAGCUGUGAAAUGGCAAUAGAAGAAUCCACUUUGGGGAGGUACCUGCAGAUCAAAUGACAUGAUGGCAGUCAGAAAGCUCAGUGCCAAAGGAACCUCAUGUUUGUUUCUUUGUUCUUUACAGUGCUCCUGCUUCAAUAUCAUAUUUUAUUAACCUCAGAUAAAAACCCUAUACUGUAAAGGUCACUGAGGUCUUUUCAGAGUUAAGGAGUAUAGAUAAAGGGGAGAGAAAAAGCUUUGUUGGAUGUGUCUGCACAGGCCUGGAACUCCUCUGUUGAUCCUCCUCUUAUUGGGAUCUCCUAAAAGUUAACAUGGAUCCAGCAAUAAACUUAUUACAUGGUCUAGAGAUAUAGCCAAUGAGGAAAGGUGAGGCCACUGACCAGCAAUCACUUGUGCAGGAAGAUUUUGGGAAAACAGCCUUGCCAUCAAAAUGAGGCCCCCAGUCUUCUGUAAUAACUUUAGUCUGAGCACGGAAGGUCACAACAACUCUAGGGCCUCACUAUUGACUUCCAUACAGUGGAAAAAUAUCACCGAGAAAUCAAUAAUACUUCUAUCUCCUUCUAUUCACACCUCCCACAUUUGCUCUUCUUUCCCUCCCUCCCUUUCUUCCUUCCACCAACUGCGUGCCUGGUGAAAUUCUUAAAAUUUCUUUUGAAUGCAUGGAUGAACUCGCAGGGAUGUAAAGGAAUUGCUAAGAUAAAAGACAUGACAAGAAAGUAACUAAAAAUGGGCCUGCAGAUUUCUCAUGGCCUAGACCAGGCUUUUAAAUAGGGCAUAUGUGCAAAGAACAGGACACAAAGCCCAGUGACUUGGUGACUCACCAGGAUGGCCAGUAAGAUUAGGGACCUUAGCAUAAAGCCUGGAAACCCAGAUGGCAUGACACCAUUAGGGUAUGAGCUAAGAAAAUAAAACUUUCCUAUAAAUAGUAAAAUUUGGAAUAUGUGAUGUCUUGGUCUUUAAAGAACAGGAAAACAAACAAACAAACAAAAAACACCUCUUCCUCCAAGAAUUUUUGACCACAAGCCCACAGAUACUCAGUAUCAGGGCCAGAAACUAUGUUCCAGAAUGACCUAAAGUUUAUUCAGAAUUUCUUUUAAAGGUAUUCUGAGUGGCGGGUUGCCAGGUACCUGGUAGAAGCAAAUACCAGUGCUCUCCAGAGGAACACACUUUCAACUCAGGCCUCAAAGAAUUUCCAAAGAUAACAUUACAAGGAACUAAAGUUGACAUUCCAGAAUCAAUAAAAGCAAACUCAAACAAGCCAGCAUGAAUGAGAGCUGACAAAACCAACCGACCAGAGAUUAGUCCUAUAAGGGCUAUAGAUUUGCAGUUAUUAGAUAUAGGUUACAAAAUGGUUUAAAGAAAUUGAAGAGAGUACUGGAGAUGUGAUAAGGGAGCAAGGGACUGUCAGAACUGACUGGACAGGCUUGGAGGACAGGCCUGGGAUUGUGGUGGCGGGGGUGGCUGUGGGGUUUCCUGAAGAGUUGGGGCUGGAACUUGGCUGCUUCAAGCCAGGACUAAUGAGGAAGAAGGAAACAUGGUAAUUGGGAACAUUUGGUGUUUAGAGUGGUGCUGCUUCUAAACUCUCAAGCAGGAUCUGGUAAUCUCUUGGCAACCCUUUGGUUGGACAUCAUUGUUAAUUCACACCAGACUUCUAGAAUGAUCUCUUUUUGGUAAUAGAAUGAAAAAAAAAAAUCUAUCGAAUGAAACAGGAGAUAGAAAUAAAAAUCUGCUUCUACUGCAAAAUUAAGUUCCAUCCUUAGAAUUCUAGCUAGUUUCUCUCCUUAUCAAACAAACUGGUCACUGAGUCCUUGAAAGCUGGUUCUGGAUCACACAAUAUCAGUCAACGUGAUGAGAAGGAGCAAGCAAUGUGAUGGGAGAGUAAAGGGCUGCCUUUGACCUAGUCAAGGGGCAGGGAUUGUUGAUAGGGUUGGCUUCCAAGUGUGGCUGUAGUGGUUCUGUCAGUCUGGACAGCACCAGCCUUCAGUUGAUCUUGGAAGAGGCUUACUGGUAUGUAAAGGUACCUCCCAGAAUUGUCAGGGGGAACUGCAGGCUCCUUUCCCCCACUAAACCAAUGAACCUGGAUAAAGUGUUUUUUUGAGUUAACAAAGUAUGUAGGAAGAUCAGAACUCAGGAUUUCUUGUUCCAAAGAUAAGCUCCCUUGCUUGGGCCUGAUUCUGCCUUGAACCCCCAGAAGUAUUUCUCUUGAUUCAUUUAGAAAAAUUGUUACACUCAAAGAACUGAGUGUUUCACUGGCAGGGACAUUCCUCCAUGCCUCACAGACACCAGGCUGUUUGCUGCUUCAGCAACUUUGACAUACUCUCUCGCUUAGUGGAAUGUUCUCUCUCAAACUUUGCAUGGAAGGUUCCUUCCUCUCCAAUUUUCAGCCCAAAUAUGUUGCUCUUGACUACAUCAGUGUAUUUUAAUUCUUCUAUAGUACCUGCCACACUCCAAAAUUAUAUCAUGUCUUUGUUUGUAUUGUUAUUGUCUGUUUCUCUACUGAAUUUACCUUCCAUGACCAGGAAUGACAAUUCCCAGUAUCUAGUAUAUGUAGCCUGGCAUGUCAGAGGCUGUAAAUAAAUCCCUCUCUCAUCCUCCUCUUCUCCUAAAAAUAAUAAUAAUAAUGCUAAUAAUAAUUAUAGAAAGCAACAUAACCAUAUGUUUUGAGUCCAUUGAGUCCCAUGUUUUGGAACAAAAUGAUUCAUCUUUUUUCUCUGCUCUACUACCUGAUAAAACAGUAAGUAAAUUAAGGUUAAUUAUGCUUGGCUUCCUCAUGCCUCACUUUGCAGCUCCCAGACUUUUCUCUAUAGUUAAAGCUUUAUUUAAGGCCCUGGCAGAGGCCCAUAUCAAUUCUUUCUAGAAAGGCCUGAAAUGAUCCCAGUAACUAUUAGUAGAGAUGGAGGAUGAUACAAAGCAUGCCACUUGCUUGCUUUUCAGUAGCAAAAGCUCCACCAAGAAGCUCAUUUUUAUUUCUGCCACUACAGACUGACCUGUUUGGGCACAAGUUCUUGGAGAUGUGUCUGAGGGGCUAGGAGGAGCUGCACUAUUUUUAGUUCCUGUGGCAUUCUGCAGGCUGGACUGGGGACUUUGGAAAUUACUGAAAUCAUUACUUUCUAAAUGGCAGAGAAGAGUUUGCAUAUAUAACUAAAGAGAUAAACCAACAGAAGGGUUAUACGGUUCAACUUUGAAAAUUAAGUGCUCUGUCCCCAGAGUCCUGGCCCGGGGAGAAUCACAGUCCCUUGCAGAGGGGGUUUUGGUCUCCAAGCUUAGCAAGUACCUCCCAGGUGAUUCUUAUAAGCAGAUAAGGUUGGGAACACCUGAUGCAAUAAAUCAGUGGAUCAGAUCACGAGUUGAUUUAAUAGAGCAUGGGCUUAAAAUGGGUUGUCUUUUUUGAGAAUGGGGUUGAAUGCUUUUGAAAGAAACCACCAAGUGAAAUAUCCUCCAGGAAGUCUUACUGAGUUGUGUGUUACACAACCCGGACAUCCACAAUGUUGGGGCAGACUCCUGAAGCCGAAUGGCUAAUCCCAUCUUUGCAUCAGUUAGAAAUAGACAAGCAAAUCUGAACCAGCACCUCGCACUGCGAGAGAUACUAAUGGAAGGGAAGCUGUUUUUUCAAACCUUCUAACUUUCACCCUCGCUGCCCUCAAACACACCUCUUCCUACACAUCUACUCCCUCAUUUGUAAAAAGACAAUUUAUCAUCCUUGGAAGGACUGUGCUGGCAAGCGCCAGAACUAAAAUAUCCAGUCUCGCAGAUUAUUCAAAAAUCCUCUUUCUUAACAGCUUAAUUGCUGACUUCAGUUUCCACCAACCUUGCCAGUUUGGAUGCUGCUGUCAGCAUCAACCCAGGGCUGUGCCUUUUCCAGUUUACACCUUGAAUUGAGCUUUUCUUCUGGGCUCUUUCGGUGACUAUUCUCCGCCAACAGUUGCCCCAAGAGGAAGCAACAUUUUGCCUGACUGCCCUAGAAAUUCUUAAAUGUGUGUAUCAGGACCACAUAAGGAGAUUUUGAAAAGCACAUAUUCCAGGGCCCCAUCUCAGUAACAGAGUCUUCAGGGACAGAACCUGGGGAGCUUUAUUUCAGCAAAUUCCCAGGGGAUUCUCCUGCCUCUGGUCCUGCACAAGCCUUGGAUGAGGCCAGCAUUGGGAAUCACCCCACUUAAUCAUCAUCAUUACAUUCACGGACGGGUAUCAUAACUUUUUCCCUGUUUUCUGAAUCAUAUUUUCCCAGUGUUAUUUAUUGUUAUUUAUCAUCACCCUCUUAUCCUCCCCCACUACUUGCCAUGGACCCAGUAGAGACCUUUGGAAGCCAAUAUUUCCUUCCCUUUUUCCUCCUAAAGUGACUCAAGAAGACAACAUGUCCACAUGUCAUGCGAAUUUCACCUCAAUAAGGAAAAAAAAA